GCCUCUUUCAUUUCCAUUAAAAACAACAACCCACAGCUGUCUGUUAACAUUCCCCAAUCCUGUCCUCGUCAACACCGGAAUCUUUCCAUAUCGGAAUACACAACCACCAGAAAACGACGUCGUACCCUCAUCAACCAAUCAUCAUCAUUACAGCGCGUGUAUCGUACCUCUCUUUAAACUCUACCAUAUAAAGUGUGUAUAUAUAUACACAUACGCGCAGCAUUUUUAGGGCUUUUUAUUUGAUUUUUAUUUUCCGAUGGCCGCUCCUCCAGCUAGAGCACGUGCAGAUUAUGAUUACCUUAUCAAGCUCCUUUUGAUCGGCGACAGUGGUGUGGGAAAGAGUUGCCUUCUCUUGCGUUUUUCUGAUGGGUCUUUCACUACUAGUUUUAUCACGACCAUUGGUAUUGAUUUUAAGAUAAGAACCGUUGAACUUGAUGGUAAGCGGAUCAAACUUCAAAUAUGGGACACAGCUGGUCAGGAACGAUUCCGGACAAUCACAACUGCUUACUACAGGGGAGCUAUGGGUAUUUUGUUGGUGUAUGAUGUUACAGACGAGUCGUCUUUCAACAACAUAAAAAACUGGAUUCGCAACAUCGAACAACAUGCUUCUGAUAAUGUUAACAAGAUCCUGGUCGGGAAUAAGGCUGAUAUGGAUGAAAGCAAAAGGGCUGUACCGACUGCAAAGGGCCAAGCACUUGCUGAUGAAUAUGGCAUCAAGUUCUUUGAAACUAGUGCAAAAACAAACCUUAAUGUGGAGGAAGUUUUCUUUUCAAUAGCGAAGGAUAUCAAGCAAAGGCUUUCAGAAACUGACACUAAGGCCGAGCCAUCAACGAUUAAAAUUAACCAACCAGAUGCAACAGCUGGAAAUGGUCAACUUACGCAGAAGUCAGCUUGCUGCGGUACUUAAACGUACACAGAAUUCAUCAUGGUGCUGCUCUCUAUGCGGCUGGUUGGUGAUAUAUAGCCGGAGAAAACUAAUUGUUACAAAAAUAUGUCGAUGGCAGUGCUUGUAAUAUGCAGGCCUAUCUGCCAUUCCUUUUUAAUUGUGUUAGUGUGUUAAAGGUAGUCUCUUUCAUUUAUAAAAAUCACCUUUCUUGUAUUUCUUGUUUCUCAUUUUGUUUCACAUCUUAGUAAACUUGGUGUAGACAAAUAUGCUUUGGUUUGAUUUAUGUAAUUUUUUUUUUUGUCCAAGUGGUUUGACAUAUAUCUUGUAGGGCUAACAAUGGUGUCCUGGAAGUAACAUGAUUGUACUAAACUUAUUAUGGUCUUGUUUGUGUAUUUUGAUUUUGUAA